AUGAUUGAGCGGGUAACAGGUUGCAGCCAUAUAAGCUGUCCAUGCGGGCAUGAGUUCUGUAUUCGCUGUGGACAUACAUUCAUAAAUUCCGGUUAUCAGUGUUGUCGCGAGACAGUUGCCUUGUAUGAUAUGGUUGCUGAGGCCGCAAGGGACGCCCUAUUCCGAGGGCCGACUUGGUUGGACAGCCUGUGGAUUCCUAUUCGGAGGGUGCUUAACAUGUUCAGAGUUCGCGAUGAUGGGAUGAUCCGAGAUAAUGAUCCUAGAUCUCCAAACCGUGAGAUCUAA